AUGAAGAUCCUUACUAUCCUCUCGCCGGCAAUACUUGCAGCGACUGCUUUUGCGGCCGAAGAAUCCAGCAGCUCCUCUUCCAGCACAGAAUCCUCCUCUUCGUCAACAUCAACGUCGUCGAAGCUUCCUGACCCAACACCCGUUGGCGAGAUCUGGAACGCAAAAUGGAAAGCCGCAGAUCUAUCUUCCUACACAAAGAAGUGCGCAUCGUCGAUCGAGUUGAAAGGAGAGAUCUACAAAUUGGGUGAACUCUACCCAACACUGAAGACAUGGGCUCCGCAGCUCAAAGUGUUCUACAACAAGCAGCUGUACCCCGGAUCGUGGAAUGGCGUGGACAAGCAUGGUAAUGAUAGAGAGUUGUUGAAGUUGGACUAUGAAGCUCUUCCGUUCGCCGUCAGGGAAUGGUUGGCCAGCCACCCCAAGCAAAAGCACUUCAGCGUACAAGAGGACAUAGUGUUCUUUGCCCCUGGUGCCAUCUAUCCAAUUCUUCCACUAUUUGUGGACGAGCCCGAUUCCGAUGUUGGCGAGUGUGAAGGUGUUUUCGACGACCUCGAUAACUAUUCCGCCAGCCUGAAGGAUGAUGCAGUGCUUGGCACGGUCGAGCAUAAGAAAGGAAAGGGAAAGCACGACGUCGAGAUCAAGAUCUCGGCGUUCCAGGCUGUGAAGAAAGUCACUGGCAGAGACGAGCUAUGA